AUUCCUUGCUAAUCUUCCUGAUUCUGUUCUGGGAGAGUUCAGACCAGUAUCAUCGCCAAGAUAGCCGGGCCAGGCAGGAAGCGGCACACCUCAGAUCCAGACCCCAGCAGUGGUAGUGACUCUGGCGACGGGCGGCCUGUUAGUGCCAAGUGCCUGAAGAUGGCCAGCAGCAGUGGUAAUGGUGUGGCCAGUCGUGAGACGGUGGGCCAUUGUGGUGGAGCUCAGCAGAGAGGAGUCAGUGGCAAAGAAAACGGCUCAGACUUGUCCUCCAAUACCAGUAAGAAGAAGCAAAAGGACAGGGCCAACCAGGAGAGCAGAGAGGCUAAGAGGGCAGCUGCAGCAGCUGCGGAUGGGAUUAUUGCAGAGGUCAAGAAAGAUGUGUUUGUGGACUGGAAGCAGAAUGUCAAUGAAGUGACUGUCAGACGGCGCUGUGGGCCAGGGGGUGCAGAGAUAGAGGACAUCAACACCACCUUCACUGACACGCACUGCUGUGUGGAUUUCCCAGAUGGACGGCAGUGGAGCUGCCAACUGCAGGAGGAAAUUGAGGCCUCAUGUAGCAAAGUCCAGUAUAAGGAAAAGGGAGGUUUCCUCCAUCUCGUCCUGAACAAGAAGAUUCUUCACAUUUGGCCUUCUCUAAAGUCAAAUAAAAAGAAGGAGCCAGUACCCACAGAGACCAAAACAAACAUGAAGCCUGUUGCCUUGGAGUCAUCAGAGAAACCCAAACAGCCGUCAUCAAAUCUCCAGGCCCAGCCUCCCUCGUCACCUGCACACAGCGAGUCGAGACGCGGUGUCAGCAAACCAGGUGGCAAACGUAUCCUGAAACUAACUAAUCGUGAAAAGACUACAGACUCUGUAGGCGUUAACACUGUUGGAGAUGGCUCGAGCACCACCAGCAAGCCUGUUUACCAUCACAAGGGCGGAUCAGCCGCAUCGGAACCUAGUGCCAAAUGCACGAUUGUACGGCUGCCCGAUACCUCUAAGGAGGCUGCAUCACCGGACCUACCCUUCAAGUCCCCAGCAACUAACGGGAAAUCCCCCCAUGUCCACCUGCCCGCUGGUCGGAGCCCACAGACACAACGCAAAGAUGGAGACAACAGAUCUGAGACCUGUGACACUGGACAGGAACGGGGAGCAGGAGUUGCUGCUUCCACCUAUAACAACAGAACUCAGUUGGCUGAGAAGCGAAACCAGUCAUCGGAGAGGUCUGGUGCAACAGACAAGUCAUUAAGCCAGCCAGCAGUUCCUGUUAGCACUAGUGACUGUGUUAAACCUCGUCGCCUUCAACAAGGAAGUGAAUGUCACUUCUCCCAAGGGCAGGGAGACGGAACAGACUCUGAGCCAGAAAAACCUGCUGAGCAGGAAUCAGAGCAGGAUUCUCUGAGUCAGCAGCUCGGAGAAAUGGAGAUGGUACCAGUAACAGCCAUGGGAAUGGCAGCCAAACAAAGCCAGCCAUCUGGUGUAUCCCAGAAGCAGAGGAGCUGUGACGAAGAGGAGAAGAGGGACCAGUAAGAAGAGCCUCCACUGUAAAUGAAGCAACUGGAAGCCCCAGAGCCCAUGGUAAACCUGCAGUUUGAGAAUGAUUCAUAUGAGAAGGGCACGGACUUGAUGGUGGUCAAUGUUUACCUGAAGGGGAUCUGCAGGGAUACAGCCAGAGUCAUCUUUAGGGAACAGGACUUCACUCUCAUCUUCCAGACAAGUGACUGAUCUUCCUUUGGCUUCCUAUUACAGUGAUGCUGGUUUCUGCGGCUUCAUUCAGACUGUGGCUCAAACACAGUCUUCAAGUGGCAAGUCAGCCUCAGGAAUCUGAUCCAGCCUGAGCAGUGCAGCUACGCCUUCACUCCCUCCCCUGACAUCACUCUGAAGAAGAGACAUAGUCAGCGCUGGGGUCUGGAGGCCCAAGCCACACAAGGUCUGCUGCCAGGCUUCUACUUGUGCAGUGGUGGUGCUAAGGUUGCUGUGCCCUCCAGCCCUGCCUGCAUGGAGAAGAGCCAGCCAGGCAGCAGCCAGCACAACCUCACAGCCAAGGAAGAGCCUCCGCGAGUUGGGGGAAAACCCAAGGCCCCCAAGGCCUCAACCAGAGUGGAGGAUGCUGGUCUGGAUUCGGUGGCUCCACGCACCGUCUCCGAGCAUGUUGCCAUUAACAAGGCAGAGCCCACUCUUUCAACACCUAAGCCUACCUGCAUGGUGCAGCCCAUGACCCACGCGCCUCCUGCCAGCAGCGAGCGCCAUGAGGAAGAGGAAGAGAAGAAGGUGUGCCUACCUGGAUUUACAGGGUUGGUCAACCUCGGCAACACCUGCUUCAACAGCGUCAUCCAGUCCCUGUCCAAUACCAGAGAACUCAGGGACUACUUUCAUGACCGAGCAUUUGAGGCAGAAAUCAACUGCAAUAAUCCACUGGGAACAGGAGGAAGGCUUGCCAAGCUUGCUGUACUGCUCCGGGCUCUUUGGAAAGGAACUCACCAUGCCUUCCAGCCCUCAAAACUCAAGGCAAUUGUGGCGAGUAAAGCCAGUCAGUUUACUGGUUGCCAGCAUGAUGCCCAGGAGUUCAUGGCAUUCCUGCUGGAUGGACUCCACGAGGACUUGAACCGCAUCCAUAAACCUUACACAGAGACGGUCGACUCUGAUGGGCGGCUAGACGAAGUGGUGGCAGAGGAAGCAUGGCAGAGGCACAAGAUGAGAAAUGACUCCUUUAUAGUGGAUCUCUUUCAGGGCCAGUUUAAGUCCAAGCUUGUGUGUCCCACGUGCUCUAAGGUAUCUAUCACCUUUGACCCCUUCCUCUACCUGCCUGUCCCGUUGCCACAGAAACAAAAGGUGCUCUCAGUUUUCUACUUCGCUAAGGAACCUCAUAAAAAACCCAUUAAGUUUUUAGUGAGUGUGAGCAAGGAGAACUCCAGCACUGCUGAAGUCCUGGAACCCAUCUCCAGAAGUGUGAGGGUCAAACCCGAGAACCUCAGACUGGCAGAGGUGGGGAAGAACCGCUUCCAGCGCAUGUUCCUGCCAGCCCAUUCCCUGGAUACAGUGUCCUCUUCCGACAUGUUAUUCUGUUUUGAGGUCCUUUCCAAAGACCUGGCCAAAGAGAGAGUGGUGUUGCUCAAAGUGCAGCAGAAACUUCAGGUCCCCAAUAUCCCCAUCUCCAAAUGUGCUGCCUGCCUAAAGCCUCCAGUGUCUGAAGAAGACAAACUGAAGCGGUGCACUCGCUGUUAUCGUGUUGGCUACUGCAAUCAAGUGUGUCAGAAAACCCACUGGCCGAGUCACAAAAGUCUCUGUCGACCCAACACAGAGAACGUGGGCCUGCCUUUCCUGGUCAGUGUGCCAGAGUCUCGACUCUCAUAUGCCCGCCUCGUCCAGCUUCUGGAGGGUUAUUCCAGGUUUUCCGUCAACGUGUUCCAGCCUCCUUUCCAGUCAGGCAGAACAUCUCCUGAAACAUCACAAUGCCGAGCAGACCUCCCUCCAGUGCCAGCAGGCUCCCCUGAGAGCCCUGGGUCAGGAGAUGAAGCUGUGGGUGGUAGCACUACUGUAGGAGCAGGUAAUCUGGAGCUGGAGAGCCACUCGUCGCUGACUGAAUCCCAGGGAGAGUAUGCUCAGGCCUCAGCUAUCCACUCAGGGGAGUCAGAGUCCCUCUCCUCUUCCCAGACGUCCCUUUCCACCACACGGACUACAGAUUCAGGAUUCUCUGAGCCAAUCUCCUCCUCUUGCUGCUUUCUGGACCCUCAUGCUGAAAAAGAGACGUCCUGUGAGAAGACGGUGCGACCAGAAGCUGCAGUAACAGGGUAUCAGCAUCCAUGUGAAUCGGCCUCAGGUCAUGCUAGUCAGUUCUACAUAUCUCUGCUGGACUCAAACAACAAGGAACAAAGGCUGGAUGAGAAAGAAGACGCACUGGCAGACCUGCCUGAUGAUGCGACCCUGGAGCUGGUGUGGAAAAACAACGAGCGUCUAAAGGAGUACGUGCUGGUGAGCUCCAAGGAACUGGAGUAUGAGGAAGACCCUGGUUCUCUGAGUGAGACGGCCAGAGCAGGACACUUCACCCUGGAGCAGUGCCUCAACCUUUUCACCAAGCCAGAAGUGCUGGCACCUGAAGAGGCUUGGUAUUGUCCAAAAUGCCAGCAGCACCGCGAGGCCUCCAAGCAACUGUUGCUGUGGCGUUUGCCCAACGUUUUGAUCAUCCAACUCAAACGCUUCUCCUUCAGGAGCUUCAUUUGGAGGGAUAAGAUCAAUGACAUGGUUGACUUCCCAGUCAGGAAUCUAGAUCUAAGUAAGUUCUGUAUUGGCCAGAAGGAUGAGAUGCAGCAGCCCCCUAUCUAUGACUUAUAUGCAGUCAUCAACCACUAUGGGGGAAUGAUAGGAGGCCACUAUACUGCAUAUGCUCGCCUGCCAAGUGACAAGAACAGCCAGCGCAGUGAUGUUGGCUGGCGUCUAUUUGAUGACAGCACUGUAACAAUGGUGGACGAGAGUCAAGUGGUGACACGUUACGCUUAUGUGCUGUUCUAUCGGCGACGAAACUCCCCGGUGGAGAGGCCGCCACGCUUCCUCAGGCCUGUAGGAGCAGAGUCGCCCACUGCUGCCGGAGCUACUGCCAGCCAGGCCUCUAGCCAGUCGCUAUAUGGCACAGAUCUGGAUGCCGAAGGACCACCUACGUUGACCCCUGAGGUACCCUCUGACCUCUACGCCCACUCCAGCGAGUGCGCGGCACCAUCCUACAGCAACAUGGAGGAGGUGGAUUAGUGGCUUCAAGGACUGAUGAAAGAAAUGACAGGAGAGUUGGUGGUCCAUGGAGGGUCCCCCAAGUGGGAGCAGCUCCUCAGCUGAAGACACGUCUGCCCUCGUUGGCUACACUGGCAUCCGAAUCAGGUGUCCAGGGAGGGGUGGGGUGGGGCAAAAGGUGCAAUGCUAAAAGAUGUGGAGGUGGGCUUUUGAGGAUUUGACUGCACUCACUUGUGACAGACCUUUAGAUGCACACAUUAUUAUACUCACAUUAAUAAUCAUUGAAGAAGACUUAACAAGUUACACGUGUAGUUCAUCGGGUUCAUAUAGGGACACACUUGUAUAAUCUCAGAGCUCCUCUUAGCAGCUCCCAGUAAAGCUGCUGCUAACGGAGUUUCUCCUCCUCCACCUAACAAUCACCUAACAGAGGGUGUCCAUGCACCAAGCACCUUGUGGUCUGGUUUCAAAUGAAAAAAAGCUAAAAACCUGUUCUCGCUAACAUUAACCAGACCUGUGGUCAGUUAUUAGGGUAUAUUUGGAGACUUUGAUGAUUGUCGUAAUAUAAAUGUGUUUUUUUUUUUUCCCUUUUAAAGUUUGAUUUUCCUGGUUUGUUUGUGGCGGUGUAUUCAGUAAGUUGGACUGGAAUUGUAGCAACACAAAGGAAAAAUAUGUGAGAUGGUGCUGACCAACUUUUUUUUGUUAUUUGGUUUUGGUUUUAAUACAGACAGCACAUGCUUUCUGUCUUGUUGCUCUCUAAACUUGAUUUAGCUUUAGUUUCUCCAGCAUUUUUCUUUUGUACUUGUUUAGUUAUUCAACCUGUGGCUGCAUUUGUCAGAAGGCUUCAGUAUAAACUGAAAUGUGCAUGACUGCAUGUGACCCUCGCCCCUUGUCAGAUGUCCCCUCACCUCCUCUUGCUGCAUUUCAUUAUUUCUGUUUUUUGUGAGUUGUCUAGCCUCACCUUCUUUCCCCUCCUUUGUAAUGGACUGCAUAUAUAAUGUGGGGAUCAUUAAGAAUGCUGCUGUGGAUACAUAUAAAUGGUUAAUAUAAAUAAAAACAAUUUUGAGAAUUGCUGAAA